AUCCCUCGACAAAGAUUUCAUCUGAUCCGGUGUUUCUAUGACUUCUACUAUCACAACAGGCAUACUUUGCCUGGUGUCGGUACUCCAACAUGUAUACGGAGACUGUUCGCCAGAAUUCUUCGCCAGGAGCAUCCGAUAUGAUCAGGCUAUUGAGAUCGAUUUUUAUUAUACAGGGAUCAAUCUUGCCUCGGUGAAAGAAUGCGCCGCAUUUUGUGCGGGACGUGAAUUUUGCAGAAGUGCCGUCUACAACAGCAGAACAAAAACGUGCGGAAUCUCUUACGAGUAUACUGUCGCGUGCGCUUCAAGGACUCAACGGUUUAAGGAGUAUCAAGUAGAAGAUGGACAAGGAACUGACUUGGUGCAGAUUGCAUGUGUGGAUGAUUGUAGAAAUCGAGAAGGAAAAGACACAAACAAAAAAGGAAAGAAGGUUCCAGUGGGGAUCAUCACUGGCGAACCAAAUGAUGGGAAGACAAAAGAGACAUUAACAUCAUCAUCAUCAUUAUCCGGCAACAAUGUGAUCACCGAUCCACUAACAACUCCAUCAGUCUCCAAGUUAUCAUCCACAUCUGCAUCGUCGAGUACUCCGGAAUCGGAUCGCCCACGCGCCAAUGGAUACGUCACCCGUCUCAUUCUCGCCAACAUCAGUGGUCUGCAAGAAGGUAGAACCGGAUCGGUUGAACCGCUCACUCUCCAACAAAAUGACGCAAGUGUCGCAAAAGGAGGCAAAACAGGAGAUGGUAAUAAAGGAAAAGGACCCGUCUGCUACCGAACAAUUCGUCAUCGUUACCUUUUGGGAGCCGACUUUGAGGAGCAUGAUGUGGAUUCAGUGAAUGAUUGUAGAUGUCUCUGUGCCGCAACUUAUUUGCCAAACAACAAGAAAAAUAAGUGCAUGUCUUUCCAGUUCCGCAAUAAAACUUGCACACUGAACAAAGGAAACCAUUUAGGACAAUAUGAUCUUAUCGAACAACGGAAAACUUUGUACCAAUACGUUGGGUGUGAUCCAGAGAUCCUACUAGAAACUGCCUCAUCAAAGUGUCCAAACUUCAAGCCAAAGAGUGCUGAGAAGAAAAAGCCAGAUACCAAAAAGGAAACGCCUACGAAAAAACCUAAAGUCGAGCUAGUAACGGCUAAAACAGUAGAAGGAGAGAAGAAAGAAACUAAGAAACCAAAAUCUACUACAAAGAAGCCAACAAAAACUGCCGCAGCAAGUACAAAGAGACCGCCAACUACCGAAAAGCCAACAGCCACUACCGAGGAAGUGAAAUCUACAACAGCUGCUGCGAAACCAUCUGAAAGACCAACGGGACACGAUGAGACACCGGUGGAGGAAAAUUCACUAGAAACAAAAUCAUCUGAAAUGAUUAUUAAGAGAGAUGGAUGUUUCGAGGUUAUUGAUGAUCACUUGAUGGUUAGCGUUGCUGGUGGUCUUGAACACGACAUGUCAAUUGAAGAAUGUCAGUGCAUGUGCGCUAACAGCAAAACAUCUAGACGAUAUGAAUUCCAAUGUAGAUCCGCAACUUAUUAUCAUGCUGAGAGAGACUGCAUCCUCAAUUUAGAGGACAGAAAUAUCAAAAGCAAACUGUUCGAGAAACAGUUCACCGACGUUAACGUUACAUAUAUUGGUCUGGCCUGUGAAGUUGAUGAGACGGUCAAAAGCUUGGGAUCUUUAGCCUUGACUGAAUGCCGAAGAAAGGUUGAAGCCACUACAGGAGAACCGACAAAAGAAACAAGCACAAAGAAAAAUGGAUUGAAAUCUGAUGAUUGCUAUGUAGAGCUUAAUGAUUUUGUCUUGGAAGGUACUGCAAUCGCUGUUGAAACUGCAGUCACACCAGAGGAAUGUAAGUGUAAAUGUGCGGAGGGUCAUAAACUGUAUGGUGAGGAAUGUGCAUCAUUCUUGUACUACUACGACAGCAAAACUUGCCUCAUUAAUAAACAAAACAGAUUCUCAAAUCCAGAAAAGUUCAACUUUGUUCCAAGCAUCAAUCAAUCAAGAAGUUACUUCGAGUGGACAUGUGCAAACAAAGAUGAGGCAAGACACAAAUACCGUGCCGAUGUCUGUAAAGUCGAACCUGAAAAAGUUGAUGGUAACUUGUUGAACAAUGAAAGUGAACCAGUGGUAGUAAAGCAGGACGUUAAAAUAACGGAGGAGCCUGUUCCAAUGAAGAGAUUAGAUGAGAAAGCAUUCUUAGACAAGAUCGAUCAAGUUGUGGAGUCUCAAGAAGAAACUGAGAAAAAGAAGAAAGUGACAACUAAAAAUUCUGAGCAUAUUUUGGAUACCGAUGAAGUUCUGAAAAAAAUUGAGAAAGUAGAAGCCACUUCAACCACUGAAACAGAAAAACCAACAACAGAAACAACGCCAGCAACAACCACAGUCACAACAACCACUGAAGAAACGACAACACCAAAGAAGCAAGAAGUCAAAAUGAAGCAUAUGGACGAGAAGGCUUUAAUGGAGAAAAUCAACGAGGCUUCUGAAAAAUUGGAAAAAAGUCAGGAAGUGACCGAAGAGGUGACUGAAGCAACCACGGAAGCUAUCACAACUACUGAAGAAUCAACAACAACUGCCAAACUAAUUUUAAACAAGAAAAAAAAUCCAACUAAAGACAGUGGGAGUGUUUCAUCUGCCUCCGGAAAUGGUAAAACUGUUGCAAUGAAGAAAACCGAUCAAAAAACCAUUGAAACUUUGUUGAAAGCAAAAAUUCCGGAAAGCAGCAACGUAGAUUCUCAAGAAAAAGAAGAUAUUAACAAGGAUCCCCGCCUUGUUGAAAUGAAAAAGGUGGAAGCGCAAGUUUUGGAAAAACUAGCAAAAAUGGAGAUCACUGAGUCAACCGCCCCGGAUAGCACUAGUUCAACUAUUCCUGAAAACAUUGAAACUGAAAGUACCUCAUCGGAAAUUACAAAACAGACAGCUAAAACAUCAAUGAAAUCUAGCAUACCGGAAGCUGAAGGGCUCGAAGAUGAUGAAGUAGAGACUGAUAUUGGUCAAGAGCUUUCAACUGGUCUUAAUGAUGCACCAGCAAGCGUCCCAGCACCAGAGAGCACAAUUUCAAUUACUUCAACAACAGAAAAAGUGACAACAACUACGACAACACAAGCAAAAGCGAGUGGAGUGAAGUCUCACAAGUUUGAUGAGAAAAUUGACAAGAGCGGAAUGCCACUUCCAAGAAUCACUACCACUACAGAGCCAUCAACUACUACUGCUGGAUACCCUCCAGCAGGAAGAUGCUCAUAUUCUGCACUCUAUCAGACAUCCUUCCUUGGACGCCGUCUUCUGAAGGCAGUUCGUGUGAAAACUCCGGCUGAUUGCUUCGCAGCUUGUUAUGCAUUGAGAUGUAGAUCGGCCAAUCUCAUUGCACAAGGAGAAUUCAAUAGCUGUGAACUUUACCGAGAUUCUCUCAUUGAUUAUCGCCGACCUGAUAUGAUUGGUUACGACGCUUCAACAGUAUACUUCGAUGGCAUCAACUGCGAUGGUACCCCGUAAACUUGAAUGUAAAAUCAGAUUUUGAAACAGCACUUUCCUGCUCUCGGGUCUCAUUCAUGCCAGUAUGAUUAACAGUUGCAAUCAAUCCACUUUCAUAGUUUUUAAAAUAUCAUUAAUAAUAUUUUCUGUUCUAUAUAAGUUAUCCGUUUUGUUUGAUUCAAUGUUCAUAUUGGAUACCAUUUUAAUUUAAAUAAUUAAUUUAUAUUUAAUAAGUUAAUAAAGUUAUUAUCAAUUUGA